CAGGUAAACCGAACCACGGCGCCAUAUUGACAACGGAAAGACCUCAAGGAAUACUUUUACUUAUCUCACUCUUGAAAACUUAAAGUCACUGGAAUCUAGCGCUGAACUGAAUUCCUGUCGAAGAUGCCAUUGGCACAGUUUGGAGCAGACCCUUGGCAGAAAAUGGCAUUGGGCAAUUCGGAAACCGAGGUCAUGGAUGACUCCAUGGGGGAUGAUGACGAUACUGCAUGCAGUGAUGAGGGCUUUGUGAAUGAGAUCAGUAUCACACAUCAUGUUAAAGAGGGCUCUGAAAGGGCUGAUCGUCGGCAGUUUGAGCUGCGCAAGGUCCUGGGACAGGGCUCCUUUGGGAAGGUGUUCCUUGUGAAGAAAAUAACAGGGCCUGAUGCUGGACAGCUCUAUGCUAUGAAGGUGCUGAAAAAGGCCACAUUGAAAGUGCGAGAUAGGGUCCGGACCAAGAUGGAGCGAGACAUUCUGGUGGAGGUGAACCAUCCUUUUGUCGUCCGACUACAUUACGCAUUCCAGACAGAAGGGAAGCUGUACCUGAUUCUGGACUUCCUCAGGGGUGGAGAUUUAUUCACGCGGCUGUCCAAAGAGGUGAUGUUCACAGAGGAGGAUGUGAAGUUCUACCUGGCAGAGCUGGCUCUGGCCCUGGACCAUCUGCAUGGCCUGGGAAUCAUCUACAGAGACCUGAAACCUGAGAACAUUCUGUUAGAUGAGGAGGGACAUAUCAAACUCACUGACUUCGGCCUGAGUAAAGAGUCCAUUGAUCAUGACAACAAGGCCUACUCUUUCUGUGGAACAGUGGAGUACAUGGCACCAGAGGUCGUGAACCUCCGAGGACACACCCUUAGCGCUGACUGGUGGUCCUAUGGCGUGCUCAUGUUUGAGAUGCUGACUGGAACACUGCCUUUCCAAGGGAAGGAUCGGAAGGAAACCAUGACAAUGAUACUGAAGGCCAAGCUAGGAAUGCCACAGUUCCUGAGUCAAGAGGCCCAGUCUCUCCUACGUAACCUGUUCAAACGCAACCCAGGCAACAGACUAGGUGCUGGUCCAGACAGAGUGGAAGAGAUCAAGAGACAUUCCUUCUUUUCCACUAUUGACUGGAAUAAAUUAUUCAGGAGAGAGAUCCAUCCCCCCUUUAAACCUGCGAGUGGCAGACCUGAUGACACUGUCUACUUUGACUCGGAAUUCACUGCAAAAACUCCACGAGACUCUCCCGGCUGUCCCCCGAGUGCCAACGCCCACCAGCUUUUCAAAGGCUUCAGCUUCGUGGCCAUCUCGGAGGAGGAGAGUCAACCACCACAGAACAUCAACAUGACCUCAAUACAGCAACUCCACAGAAAUGCAGCACAGUUCAGUGAAGCAUACGAUGUGAAGGAGGACAUCGGUGUUGGCUCUUACUCCAUAUGCAAACGCUGUGUUCAGAAGAGCAACAGUAUGGAGUAUGCUGUGAAGAUCAUCAGUAAGGCCAAGAGGGACCCCGCAGAAGAGGUGGAGAUUCUUCUGCGCUACGGACAGCACCCCAACAUCAUCACUCUCAAAGAUGUGUAUGACGAUGGGCGCUCUGUGUACCUGGUGACAGAGCUGAUGAAAGGAGGGGAACUGCUGGAUAAGAUCCUCCGACAGAAGUUCUUCUCUGAGAGGGAGGCCAGUGCAGUUCUCCACACAAUCACAAAAACUGUGGAGUACCUACAUGGACAGGGGGUUGUCCACAGAGACCUGAAGCCCAGUAACAUCCUGUAUGUGGAUGAGUCUGGAAACCCAGAGUCGAUCCGGAUCUGUGACUUUGGCUUCGCCAAACAGCUGAGAGCUGAAAACGGGCUCCUGAUGACUCCCUGCUACACGGCCAACUUUGUCGCCCCCGAGGUGCUGAAGAAACAGGGCUAUGAUGCAGCGUGUGAUAUCUGGAGUCUGGGAGUACUGCUCUACACAAUGCUUACUGGGUUCACUCCUUUUGCCAAUGGACCAGAGGAUACUCCUGAAGAGGUCCUGGCUCGGAUUGGCAGUGGAAAGUUUUCUCUGAAGGGCGGCUACUGGAACUCUGUCUCAGCAGAGGCCAAGGACCUAGUGUCCAAGAUGCUGCAUGUGGACCCCCACCAGAGGCUAACUGCUGCUCAGGUGCUGCGACACUCCUGGAUAGUACACAAGGACCGGUUGCCCAAGUCCCAGCUCAAUAGACAUGAUACUCCUCAUUUGGUCAAGGGUGCGAUGGAAGCCACUUACUCUGCUCUGAACAUGCAUGUUCCCCCUGUGCUGGACCCUGUAGGACACUCCUCGUUAGCUCAACGAAGAGGAGUGAAGAAGUUGACCUCCACAGCCCUGUGAUCCACCUGCCACUAGUAUCAAUCUCACCUGCACCAGUGCAUUAGUGUGAGUUUCGACUCCCACUGUGUUAGAAUAACAGUGUGUAAGACCAAAAAGAAACUUGACAAUGUAUUUGCUUGUACAAUCUUCACUGCCUACAGAUCAAGUUACAAGACAGUAUAUAUUAUUUUAUGAAAAUGAGAUUUUUACUGCAAAAAUAUCAUUAACUGUGUACGGACCUUUGCCCAAUUGCAAAUCAACCUAAGCCCCUACCACUACCUAUGCACUUGUGUAAAUCUGAGAAUAUUAGAUAGGUACUCAAUAUGGAGCUAUUACUAUAUUGCUUAUACCCAUCUAUUGGGCAAACUCCUCAAUUCUACAACAAUCAGUUUACCAAGACCCUGUCAAACUGGGGGGAGAACAUGUGCUAACCUCUGCUGCUGCACUUUCUCUCAGACCUUUGUGUUGGGUCAAAAGGGGUUUCUUUUUUUUAUCAGUCUUUACAUUUUUUGUCCUUUUCAUGAUUUAUAAAGGGAAACGUGAACAAGGUAUAUACUUAUAGCAAUUAAGAUUACUUUUACAGUCUAGUUUUAAGAGCCUAUUAAGAAUUUAUUUUUGUAUGUGGAUGAAUGAAACAUUUCCUACUUGGUGUGCAUGACUGAUGAGGCCACAGGACAGCUUUGUUUGAAAGGGAAGGGCUUUCCAAGAAGCUGUUGUGGAAAUGUAACAAGCUAGAUGGAGGUGAGAAUAGACACUGUAUUUCCCCUCUGUUUUGGCAUCUGUCUAUCCAUGUUUUUACAGAUAAAAAAAAAAAUCUCAGGUGUGGUCCAGGCAAGUGACUGCAGCUUAUUUUGUAGCUUCAAAAAUGAAAUUGAUCACGAUUAAAUAAAUAUACAAUCAAA